AUUGCAGCGGGGGAGCUAUACCAGAAAAAUAUUUCUCCAUGAAAUCCAACAAUAUGUCAUUCUUUUUGUUAUUAAUUUGCAUUAGAUACUUUUCCAAAGCAUCCAUUUCUGAUAAAAAUAGAUUACAUUUUGGUGUGGAUUUCGCAAAUUUCCAUAUGGCACAUUUAGUUUUCUCAAAACAACUCCGCGUGUCAGAGCGCGCACGCGCAUUUUGAGGUUCGUGCUGGUGACGUCACAUACAGGGCGGUGCUCCGAACAGGUGUAUUUCCCAGGUGUAAAGAAAAGUAAAUGCCAGAGAAGUACGAGUCCGCUCAGUCCCGUUGUUUCGCGUAGAACAAUGGCCCCAAAAUGUAUUGGGGGCUGCGCCGCGAUAUUUGUCCUCGGGAUUAUAUUUGAUAUAAUCGGGUUUGCUUUGCUUUUGGUCGGUAUUUUUGCCAAUGUGCGAUUGGAUGGCAAAUUUUACGGAGACUUCUUAAUCUAUACUGGCUCUUUAAUAGUUUUUCUCAGUCUUUUCUGGUGGGUCAUGUGGUACACUGGGAAUAUUAACGUUUCCUCUGAGGAUCUGGAGAAGAGGACUUUUGAUAACUUUGCGCACUGGGCGCGGAAGCUUUCGGAGCGUCUGUCCAAAAACGGGAUGAGCAGCGAGAAGUGCAUCAGUAACGGAAAGAAGCCGAUGAACGACGAUGUGCCACAUCACGCUCCGACGCGGAUAACGUGGGGAAACCCCGGAACGGCGGGAUGCGAGAAUGAAGCUUACGACCGAAGCUCCGACGCGCCACCGAUUGAGAAGACCGUGGAGCUGGAGAUCCUGAAGAACUCGGAGAUGUUCCUGCAGAGCAGCGGGAAAGAUGAGAGGUUUCUCUGAACAGCGACUAGUGCAUUUUACUUCUGUUCGUCAGAGUCUGACUAAGACGAGGAAAAGCAGCAGCGAGACUGGAAUGUUUUAACCAAACCUUCAUAUUUGGACUGACUGAGAAAUGAAGUCAUCAGUCAGGGAUUCUUAAUGAGCACUUUACAUAUGAUUAAUAAAUUUGUACUUUUAACUUAUAAUGAAAGUUUAAUUUCAGAUUUGAUGUUUGCUUUUCCAUCUUUAUCAAAUAAAGAGUUUUCCGAAAAUUA